AUGCCAGACCACUUCCUCCUCAACCUUGAGGAUCCGGACCUGUUCUUCCGUCUUCCCGACAGGCGCUCACGCGGUCUGAUCGUCCUGCACCCGUUCCCGCUCGAACCAACCCUAUGGGAGGACAAGAUCGUCAUCGUCGCCGCCACCCUCUCGCGCCAGCCAACCGAACGGGGAUGCGUCGCCGCUGGCAUCAUCGGCUAUCUUCCCAUCUGCCAGGACUACGACAUACGGGAGAUCGCGUUCUGGGGGAUGGGUGAUGGGGAGCGGGAGAUUUCAUAUACCUUUCGGGAGAAGGACCCGGACCUUAAAGUGGAGGACCUCCUGUACAGCCAUGUAGACGAAGCCUUCCUCUUCCUCACCAGAGGGGAGCACACCCAUGAGUUUCAUCAACCCAUAUUCCCUCUCGAACACACGAACCAAGAAGUGGUGCGCUUCCAGCAGCGCCGCGGUGACGGCGACGGGCCUGUCGUCGCUCGCUACCUCGUGCAGUCCCGGGGGAAGUUGCUCAUGGUCGUCAGGUUUGGCAAUCAUCAACUCCUCUGGCCGACGUCGGAGUUCCGAGUGUUCCAGGCAGAAGUCCGAAAUGCCACCAACGCCCAAUGGGAAUUUGAGGCUGAGCACCACUGGGCCGAGCUGCCGGCGCUCGAAGGCCGUAUCCUGUUCGUCGGAAAGGGUUGCUCCAGAUCGUACGAAGUGGCGCAUGGGUACCCUGGCAUGGAGGGCAUCUACUUCCUGGAUGACCUGUGCUUCUACGACCCCAUGAUCGUGUUCAGGGCGAGAGCCCAACGGCGAUACCUCUGCAACGAUUGUCAGGAAUUCGCUAGAAGAUUGCUGGCUAGAACACAGAAUCAACGCACACGAUUUCUGGACGAACACUUAGCACACAAAGAACAAGAACUACUGAAGAAGAAGACCCCGGACGUGCUCUUGCGCGUGUCGACGUCGCCAGCAAGAUCACUGUCACUGUAUCCUGUGAGAACUGCAGCAUCCUUCUUCCUCCUGUACAGACAGCCAAAGCUGGUGGUGCCGGCAACAUACCUGAGCACCCUUUUUACUGCCGCCAAAUGCUCGACCGUGGGUUUCUCCAUGAAGCGGCUGACAUAUCCCACGGCCCGGGAUGCCACCAGUGAUGACCAGAUCAUCGACGUAAACGCCAACAACCAGUCGAUGUCUAAUUAUGCGAAGUUUACUAACAACGAUGUCGGGAUAUGGUCGGGAAGACCACCGCAUGUCAAGCGUUGCAUCCCGGCGUAUGGUCCGUCGAGCGAAUCCUCUCCAGUUUGGGUUCUCCCUUAGAUGAGACAACGAGUUUCGGCAGAGCAUCGAUCAGAUCAAGUAAGUAGUAUGUGGUCAUGCUGAGUUCGAUGGUGUUGUCGUGUUGAAAUUUUUUCUUGCUGGUGUAAGCUGGCGAAGGAAUUCUCAAUUCAGUGAAUAAAUGAUGUUGAAUUCGUCGUUCACCUAGUUUCUGUGUAAUUGCAUUUUGAUUCGGGUUUCUUUAAGCUUUAGUGAGAUUGCAAUGUGCAAAUAUCUGAACUGAUAUCUGCACAUUGUUCUGUUUCUUGCUAACUGGAUAGUCAUGUUACAGUGUUAUUGAUCUGCACCAGUGAAUUCCAAUCGAGUGGCUGAUUGAGUUUGAUGCAUCAUCCUAAAUAUUUGUUAGCUGAAACCGGAAACGGCACUCAUUUACGCAAUGUUUGUGCACCAUUUGCUACCUUUGAUUCGGUUGCGCUCUUGGACGAUUCAACAUGUUUGCACGUCGUUGCAACUGGUAGUUUCAGUGUGGACUCGUGCAUGGAUGUUCUUGGAUUCUGUGACCCAGGGCACACCCCAUUUCUGUUGUUUUUGGAUCUAGAUGCUGGGUGUCCAUUUCUUUAUUCAAACUGUAUUAGAAUGAAAGCCAAAAUUUGCUCUGUACACUUGCAGCCUACUUUCCCUCAGGGCUUUCUGUAUAUUUAACUGUGAAUCGACAAUACUGAAGUUCUUGGUUCUAAUGAA